AUGUCAUCCGGGGCAUCUGGCAACUGCACCGCAGACAGAAGCUGCGUGUCACAGGUGGCCACCACGGUCUCCAUCAUCCUCAUCCUGGGGCUGGGGACCCUGCUCAAUGGUCUGGCGCUCUGGGUCUUUGGUUGCCGCCUGCGCAGGUGGACGGAGACUCGCAUCUACAUGGUCAACCUGGUGGUGGCUGACUGUAUGCUGCUGUUGAGUCUGCCGGGGGUCCUGUACAUGCUGAUUCCCCAGAGCGGGUCCGAAGACGACACCUGGUGCCGUGUGCUGCAGAGCUUCUACUACGUGAAUGCCUACAUGAGCAUGAGUCUCAUCACCGCCAUCGCUGUGGAUCGCUACGCCACUCUGUGCUUACCGAUGCGCGCUCGGGCCUGGCGCUGCCCCCGCCAGGCAGCCAUCACCUGUGUGGUCCUCUGGCUGCUGGUCACAGGGGCUGUGGUGGCGUUGGCGUCCUGGCUGCCCGCCGGGGAAAGCUUCUGCUUCGGGAAGGGCCAAACGCGGGGGGUGCGGACCCUGGUCUUCUCCUUAUUCCUCUUCUACUUUCUGCUUCCGGUCUUGAGCUUCUGCUCGGUCCAGGUACUCUGGCACUUGAGGCGCGAGUGGAUGCGGGCGCCGCCCCAGUCUGCUGCCUCCAUCCGCAAGGCCUUCUGCGUGGUGGCCGCCAAUCUGGCCACCUUCCUGCUCUGUUUCCUCCCUCUGCACGUGGCUUUGUUGGCCAAGCUGGUGACUCAGUUGAUGGACGCGGACUGCCCCACCGUGAAGACAGUGAUCUUCUGUGUGCAGGUGACUUCCCGGAUGGCCAACUUCAACUGCUGCCUGGACGCUUUCGGGUACUACUUUGUGGCCAGUGAAUUUCAGGAGGAGGUGGCAACCGUUGUUACUCUACCCUGGCCUUUCCGAGGCUGGAACCGGGGAGGUUCCCAGGGACAGACCGGCGAGGAGGGGCAGGCAGAAGAGGGCUCAGCCCAGACCCUGCAAGCACUGCCCUGCGCAGCCCAGGUCUCUCCUGAGGGGUCCUUCGUCCCCCCUUUGCUGGUCUCCCAGCACAACACCAGUUUGUGGUUUCUGGAAGAUUGCUGA